GGUUCGCGGAGACUGGGUGACCAAGGCCCGAGUCGGAGGAGGAGGAGCGCGCGCGCCCGCAGAGUGCCGACUGUCCUGGAGGACAAGGUUGGAGUCCUGAUCCGGGCGGGUCCCUGAUAUUCCCGCCAUCCCAGCCCGCACCGAGCGCCAUGGCCCAGCCACCGCCCGACGUCAGAGAGGACGACUGUCUCCCGGAGUACCACCACCUCUUCUGUCCGGACUUGCUUCAGGACAAGGUGGCCUUCAUUACAGGUGGUGGCUCUGGAAUCGGGUUCCGGAUUGCUGAGAUUUUCAUGCGGCAUGGAUGCUACACAGUCAUCGCCAGCAGAAGUCUUCCAAGAGUGUCGAUGGCUGCCCGAAAGCUGGCUGCUGCCACCGGCCAGAGGUGCCUCCCUUUGUCUCUGGAUGUCCGAUCUCCCCUGGCUAUCACGGCAGCUGUGGAGCAGGCGCUGAAGGAGUUCGGGAAGAUCGACAUUCUCAUUAACUGUGCAGCUGGAAAUUUCCUGUGCCCUGCGGGCACCUUGUCCUCCAAUGCCUUCAAGACCGUGAUGGACAUCGACACUUUGGGCACCUUCAACGUGUCUCGUAUACUCUAUGAGAAGUUCUUCCGGGACCAUGGAGGGGUGAUCGUGAACAUCACCGCGACCCUGGGUACCCGGGGGCAGGUGCUCCAAGUGCAUGCAGGCUCUGCCAAGGCAGCUGUGGAUGCGAUGACGCGGCACCUGGCAGUGGAGUGGGGUCCCCAGAACAUCCGAGUCAACAGCCUUGCCCCCGGCCUCAUCAGUGGCACGGAGGGGUUCCAGCGGCUGGGUGGCCUGCAGGCUGGCUUGAACGCUAAGGUCCUGGCCAGCCCCCUGAAGAGGCUGGGGAACAAGACGGAGAUCGCCCACAGUGCCCUCUUCCUGGCCAGCCCUUUGGCAUCCUACAUGACAGGGGCUGUGCUGGUGGUUGAUGGUGGGUCCUGGCUGACAUUCCCUAAUGAUGUCGGGUUGCUGGCGGACUUGACAUCCUUCUCUGCUAAGCUCUAGGUUCUGACGUGUCUACACUUGUGAAGCCAGGAUCACAAUCAAGAGGAUGAACAUACGCAUUACCUCCUGCUCCCUGGUAACCCCUGCACCUUUCCCUACCCCUUCAUCCCCAGGUGACCCUGUGGAAGAGCUGGUGACCCAACCAGGAUGGUGGCUCAGGCCUGGGAGGGCGAGGCUGGCCUCUUCUAGUGGGGAGAAGAGGCUCCAGGAGGAGGAGGGGCUGACAUCUGGCUGAAAAGUGGGACAGUAGGUAGAGGCACUGGGCCCUCAGCGGGUCCAGAACCCCUUUUUCUGGGGUGCCCAGUUGCAGGCUGUUUGGUGGCCCCACUGCUCCUUCACCCUGAUCCCAUCGCAGGUCUGUGGCAGGUCCCUUCUCCCUUAAGAAUAUAGCUCUGCCCCUCUCCUGCUGUCUGUCUCCAAGGCCACCUUUGUGGCCUCCCUGGGGCCAUCCUAGCCAGCUGUCCCACAGUGCCCUGAGUGAGGCUUCCACUCGACCACUGACUGGCUCCAUCCUGGACUUUGUGCUCCAGGCAGAGGGCUUGCUCCAAGAGCAGUGAUCACUGAGGAAGGACCUGUCACAGAUGUAUCUGCAACUGUCCAAUUUGGGAGGAGGCUUCUUUAGACACCCCCAAGAAUCUGCUCCCCAACUCUCUGGUGUGGGUUCCCAACAUCACUCUGCCUUGGACACAAAUUACUUUCAAUAUUAAAAUAGCUGAUAGGAUGGGUAUAGCUCAGUGGUAGAGCACAUGCUUAGCAUGCACAAGGUCCUAGGUUCAAUUCCCAGUACCUUCAUUAAAAAAAGAAAAGAAAAGAAAAGAAAAGAAAAAGGAAAAUGGCUAAUAGAGAUGAUCUCACAAACAGAUCAGGGAAGGACAGAUAGCUUUGGGAAACUGGCUCUUUAAGUGAGAGAAAUAAAGUCAGUUCCCUAUGUUAUACCACAUUACAAAUAAACAAAAAACUUCCAAAUGGCUUAAAGACAUACUUGUGAAAGGAAAAACUAUAAAAAGAGGUGGAUAUGUUUGAGACUUUGUGUAGAGGAUUUAUUUAUUGAUUUUAAAAAGCGUUUAUAAGGACCUACUGUAUAGCACAGGGAACUAUAUUCAAUUUCUUGUAAUAGGCUAUAAUGGAAAAGAAUCUGAAAAUAUGUAUAUAUGUAUGUAUAUGUGUGUGUGUACAUAUAUAUAUAUAAAAAACUGAAUUGCUUUGCUGUACACCUGAAACUAACAUUGUAAAUCAACUAGAGUUCAAUUAAAAUAAAAUAAAAUAAAGUGUGAAAGUCCUAAAAUAUGUGGACAAGCCUGGACAAUAGCAAGUGACACCCAUGUAUCCACUGGCCAGGUUAACCAGAUGUUGAUACUUUGCCCUGUUUGUUUCCAGUCUGUUCGUCUUUUAAGGAAAUAGAUGUUAUGGUACCUUUCACUACUUUCCUCCUCUGUCCCCCUCAAUAUAAUUCCCACUCUUGUUUUGGUAUUUUCACAAGUGAAGGUGUUCAAAAGGAAUAUAUGUAUCGAUAGUGUUUUUAAACUUUGCAAAAAUGGUCUCUGUUCUGUAACCUGCUUUUUCUACACAGCUUGUUUCAGAAAUCUGCCCUGUUGAUGUGGCAGGUGUGGUUCAUUCAUUGAAACUGCCCAUAGUAUUCCAUCACAACUCAUGGACCACACCUCAGCCAUCCAGCAGUCUCUUCGUGGAACCAUGAAAAUCAGUGCUGCCUUGAAUACCCCUUUCCUGUCUCCUUGGGGACCUUCAGGUGGAGAGGUAAAAAUGCCAGGUUAAGGGGAUACAGACCGUCAGCUGGGUUAGUCACGUGACUCCCUACACUCUGCUGGUAUGAGACUUAAUUUUUACUGAUUGACUUCAAAUGCUAUCAUCAUUCAUUCCCUUGAUUACCAAUGCGGUUAAGCAUCUUUUUUUAUAUGUUUAUUGACCAAUUGAGUUUCUUCCUUGAACUACUGUUCUUUUACUGUUUUUUGAGGAAUUCUUGUCUAUUUUGGAAAUAAAUCCAUUGUUAGUUACAUUUGUUUUAAAUAUCUUUCCCAGUUGCUAUGGACUGAAUUGUGUCCCCCCACAUUCAUAUGUUGAAGCCCUAACCUCCAAUGCAAUGAUAAUUUGGAGAUGGGGCCUUUGGGAGAUUAUUAGGAUUAGAUGAGGUCAUGUGGGUGACCUCCUAAAAUGGAAUUAGUCUUAUAAAGAGAAGAGAAAGAGGGAAAGAUGGUUCUCUCCAACGUGCAAAUAUACACUUAGAAGAAGACACUCACCACAAGCCAGGAAGAGAGCUCUCAACAGGAAAGAAUUUGCUGGUGUGAAAAACAAUAAAGGGAAACCUCACCAAAAUGGA